AUGGAGCAGUCAGUGCUUGUACCACCAGGACCAGACAGCUUCCAAUACUUCACUAGAGAGUCUCUUGCAGCUAUUGAACAACGCAUUGCUGCAGAAAAAGCUAAGAAUUCUAAACAAGAUCGUAAAGAUGAUGAUGAAAAUGGGCCAAAGCCAAACAGUGAUUUGGAGGCAGGAAAAACACUUCCGUUUAUAUAUGGCGACAUACCUCCAGGAAUGGUGUCUGAGCCCUUGGAAGACAUGGACCCGUAUUACAUCAAUAAAAAAACCUUUAUAGUAUUGAACAAAGGAAAAGCCAUCUUCCGAUUCAGUGCCACCUCUGCCCUGUACAUUUUAACUCCCUUCAAUCCUCUUAGAAAAAUAGCUAUUAAAAUUUUGGUACAUUCAUUAUUCAGCAUGCUUAUCAUGUGCACUAUUUUGACCAACUGUGUAUUCAUGACCAUGAGUAACCCUCCAGACUGGACAAAGAAUGUAGAAUAUACGUUCACUGGAAUUUACACAUUUGAGUCACUCAUAAAAAUCAUUGCAAGGGGCUUUUGCUUAGAAGAUUUUACUUUUCUUCGAGAUCCAUGGAACUGGCUUGAUUUCACUGUCAUUACCUUUGCAUAUGUGACAGAGUUUGUGGACCUGGGCAAUGUCUCAGCGUUGAGAACAUUCAGAGUUCUCCGAGCUUUGAAAACAAUAUCAGUCAUUCCAGGCUUGAAGACUAUUGUGGGAGCCCUAAUUCAAUCUGUGAAGAAGCUUUCGGACGUAAUGAUCCUGACUGUGUUUUGUCUGAGUGUAUUUGCACUAAUAGGGCUGCAGCUGUUCAUGGGCAACUUGAGGAACAAAUGCCUGCAGUGGCCUCCAGAAAAUUUUACUCUGGAAACAAAUAUUACUUCCCAGCUAAACAGCACCAUAGGUGAAAAUGGUACAUUGGUUAAUUCAACAGUGACUCCAUUUGACUGGAAAGGGUACAUUGAAGAUGAAAGUCAUUUUUAUUUUCUGGAAGGGCAAAAUGACGCUCUGCUUUGCGGAAAUAGUUCUGAUGCUGGGCAGUGUCCAGAAGGAUAUACAUGCGUGAAAGCUGGUAGAAACCCCAAUUACGGCUACACAAGCUUUGACACCUUCAGCUGGGCUUUCUUGUCACUGUUUCGCUUGAUGACUCAAGACUUCUGGGAAAACCUUUAUCAACUGACACUGCGUGCUGCUGGGAAAACAUAUAUGAUUUUUUUUGUUCUGGUGAUUUUUCUGGGUUCUUUCUACCUGAUCAACUUGAUCCUGGCUGUGGUUGCCAUGGCCUAUGAAGAACAGAAUCAAGCAACCAUGGAAGAAGCAGAACAGAAAGAGGCAGAAUUUCAACAGAUGCUGGAACAACUGAAGAAGCAACAGGAAGCAGCUCAGGCAGCAGCAGUGGCAGCAGCAGCAGUAACAGCAUCUGCGGAGUCCAGGGAGCCCAGCGCUGGGGGAGAAGCAGGAGGGGUCUCAGAGAGUUCCUCAGAGGCAUCAAAAUUGAGCUCAAAGAGUGCAAAAGAGAGGAGAAAUAGAAGGAAAAAAAGAAAACAGAAGGAGCAGUCUGGAGGAGAGGAAAAAGAUGAAGAUGAAUUUCACAAGUCUGAAUCAGAAGACAGCAUCAGAAGGAAAGGUUUCCGAUUAUCUAUUGAAGGCAAUAGACUGACAUAUGAAAAGAAGUAUUCUUCUCCACAUCAGUCUUUGCUGAGCAUUCGAGGCUCCCUGUUUUCUCCGAGGCGCAACAGCAGAACAAGUCUUUUCAGCUUCAGAGGUAGAGCAAAGGAUAUAGGAUCAGAAAAUGACUUUGCUGAUGAUGAGCACAGCACUUUUGAAGACAAUGAUAGCAGAAGAGAUUCUCUCUUUGUGCCGCGCAGACAUGGUGAACGGCGCAACAGUAACAUUAGUCAGGCCAGUAGGUCAUCCAGGAUGCUGGCAGUGUUUCCAGUGAAUGGGAAGAUGCACAGCACUGUGGAUUGCAAUGGGGUGGUUUCCCUGGUUGGUGGACCAUCUGUUCCUACAUCGCCUGUUGGACAGCUUCUGCCAGAGGUGAUAAUAGAUAAACCAGCUACUGAUGACAAUGGUACCACUACAGAAACAGAAAUGAGGAAGAGAAUAUCAAGCUCUUUCCACGUUUCUAUGGACUUUCUGGAAGAUCCAGCUUUAAUGGAAAGAGCCAUGAGUAUUGCUAGCAUCCUCACAAACACUGUGGAAGAACUCGAAGAAUCAAGACAGAAAUGCCCACCAUGUUGGUAUAAAUUUGCAAAUAUUUUCUUGAUCUGGGACUGCAGUCCGCAUUGGCUGAAAAUAAAACAUAUCGUCAACUUAGUGGUAAUGGACCCAUUUGUUGACCUGGCUAUUACAAUUUGCAUUGUUUUAAAUACACUCUUUAUGGCUAUGGAACAUUACCCGAUGACUGAUGAAUUCAAUAACGUACUUUCAGUUGGAAAUCUGGUCUUCACUGGAAUCUUCACAGCAGAAAUGUUUCUCAAGAUAAUUGCAAUGGAUCCUUACUAUUAUUUCCAGGAAGGCUGGAAUAUUUUUGAUGGUUUUAUUGUAACCCUUAGCUUGGUUGAGCUUGGUCUUGCAGAUGUGGAAGGACUCUCAGUUCUUCGAUCAUUCAGAUUGUUGCGAGUUUUCAAACUGGCAAAAUCUUGGCCAACACUAAAUAUGCUGAUAAAAAUUAUUGGUAACUCUGUGGGAGCUCUCGGUAAUCUGACCCUGGUGCUGGCCAUCAUUGUGUUCAUUUUUGCUGUGGUUGGGAUGCAGCUGUUUGGGAAAAACUACAAGGAAUGUGUCUGCAAAAUUGCAAGUGACUGUGUACUUCCACGCUGGCACAUGCAAGAUUUUUUUCACUCUUUCUUGAUCGUAUUCCGAGUGCUGUGUGGAGAAUGGAUAGAAACGAUGUGGGACUGCAUGGAGGUUGCUGGCCAAGCCAUGUGCCUUACGGUCUUUAUGAUGGUCAUGGUGAUUGGAAACCUAGUGGUACUGAACCUAUUUUUGGCCUUGCUCUUGAGCUCAUUUAGUGCAGACAACCUUGCUGUGACAGAUGAUGACAAUGAAAUGAAUAAUCUCCAAAUUGCUGUAGCAAGAAUGCAGAAGGGCAUAGAUUAUGUGAAAAGAAAAGCACGCGAAUUCAUCCAAAAAGCUUUUGUUAAAAAACAAAAAGCUUUAGAUGAAAUCAAGCCACUUGAAGAUUUGAACAACAAAAAUAGCUGUAUUUCUAACCAUACAACUGGGGGACUAAGCAAGGACCAUGACUAUAUUAAAGAUGCAAAUGGAACAACUAGUGGCAUAGGCACAGGUAGCAGUGUGGAAAAAUACAUAAUUGAUGAAAGUGAUUACAUGUCAUUCAUAAACAAUCCAAGCCUCACUGUGACAGUGCCCAUUGCUGUGGGUGAAUCCGACUUUGAAAAUCUAAACACAGAGGAAUUUAGUAGUGAAUCAGACCUGGAAGAAAGCAAAGAGAAGUUAAAUUUGUCUAGUUCAUCUGAAGGUAGCACAGUUGAUAUUGGACUUCCUGCAGAAGAGCAACCAGAAGCUGAACCUGAAGAAGCCCAGGAGCCAGAGGCCUGCUUCACAGAAGGCUGUGUACGAAGAUUCAAGUGCUGUCAAGUAAGUAUAGAAGAAGGGAGAGGAAAGCAGUGGUGGAACCUUAGAAAAACCUGCUUCAAGAUUGUUGAACACAACUGGUUUGAGACUUUCAUUGUCUUUAUGAUUCUCCUCAGCAGUGGAGCUCUGGCUUUUGAAGACAUAUAUAUUGAACAGCGCAAAACUAUCAAGACCAUGCUGGAAUACGCUGACAAGGUCUUCACUUACAUCUUCAUUCUGGAAAUGCUGCUGAAGUGGGUGGCCUAUGGCUAUCAAACAUACUUUACUAAUGCCUGGUGCUGGCUGGACUUCCUGAUUGUUGAUGUCUCUUUGGUUAGCUUAACAGCAAAUGCAUUGGGUUACUCUGAACUUGGUGCCAUUAAGUCCCUUAGGACACUAAGAGCUUUGAGACCUCUAAGAGCUCUGUCACGAUUUGAAGGCAUGAGGGUGGUUGUGAAUGCCCUUUUGGGAGCAAUUCCAUCCAUCAUGAACGUGCUUCUCGUUUGUCUUAUAUUCUGGCUAAUUUUCAGCAUCAUGGGAGUAAAUCUGUUUGCUGGGAAGUUCUACUACUGUGUUAACACCACAACUGAUGAAAGGUUUGAAGUCGACCAAAUCAACAAUUUUAGUCAGUGCGAGGAACUCAUAAAAAACAAUCAAAGUGCCCGAUGGAAAAAUGUGAAAGUAAACUUUGAUAAUGUAGGAUUUGGGUAUCUUUCUUUACUUCAAGUAGCUACAUUUAAAGGCUGGAUGGAUAUUAUGUAUGCAGCUAUUGACUCAAGAGAUGUAUUACAGCAACCCAAAUAUGAAGACAACCUGUACAUGUAUUUGUAUUUUGUCAUCUUUAUUAUUUUUGGGUCUUUUUUCACCCUGAACCUGUUCAUUGGUGUCAUUAUUGAUAACUUCAACCAGCAAAAAAAGAAGUUUGGAGGUCAAGAUAUAUUUAUGACAGAAGAGCAGAAGAAAUACUACAAUGCAAUGAAAAAGCUGGGAUCCAAAAAACCACAAAAACCUAUACCAAGACCAGGGAACAAAUUCCAAGGCAUGGUCUUUGAUUUUGUGACACAGCAAGUAUUUGACAUCAGCAUCAUGAUUCUUAUUUGUCUUAACAUGGUUACCAUGAUGGUAGAAACUGAUGACCAGAGUAAAGAAAUGGAAAAUAUUUUAUACUGGAUAAAUCUGGUGUUCAUUGUCCUUUUCACUGGAGAAUGUGUCCUGAAAUUGAUUUCACUUCGCCAUUAUUAUUUCACUAUAGGCUGGAACAUUUUUGAUUUUGUAGUUGUCAUUCUCUCAAUAGUAGGUAUGUUUUUAGCUGAGAUGAUUGAAAAGUACUUUGUUUCCCCCACACUAUUCAGAGUCAUCCGACUUGCCAGAAUAGGUCGAAUCCUGCGUCUCAUUAAAGGCGCUAAGGGAAUCCGCACUCUGCUCUUUGCUUUGAUGAUGUCUCUUCCUGCUUUGUUCAACAUUGGGCUGCUGCUCUUCCUGGUCAUGUUUAUCUAUGCGAUAUUUGGCAUGUCCAACUUUGCCUAUGUUAAGAGGGAAGCUGGUAUAGAUGACAUGUUCAACUUUGAAACUUUUGGCAACAGCAUGAUCUGCCUGUUUCAAAUCACCACAUCUGCUGGCUGGGAUGGUUUGCUAGGCCCAAUUCUUAACAGUGGGGAGCCAGACUGUGACCCCAACAAAGCUCAUCCGGGGAGCUCUGUGAAAGGUGACUGCGGCAACCCUUCCGUUGGGAUUUUCUUCUUUGUCAGCUACAUUAUCAUAUCAUUUCUGGUAGUGGUGAACAUGUACAUUGCUGUGAUUUUGGAGAACUUUGGUGUUGCUACUGAAGAAAGUGCUGAACCCUUGAGCGAGGAUGACUUUGAGAUGUUCUAUGAAGUCUGGGAGAAGUUUGAUCCUGAUGCAACACAAUUCAUGGAAUUUGAGAAGUUGUCUGAUUUUGCAGCAGCACUUGAGCCUCCUCUUCAUCUACCCAAACCAAACAAAGUCCAGCUUAUUGCAAUGGAUCUGCCCAUGGUAAGCGGUGACAGAAUUCACUGCCUUGACAUCUUGUUUGCUUUCACAAAGCGUGUUUUGGGGGAAAGUGGGGAGAUGGAUGCCCUCAGAAUACAGAUGGAAGAUCGGUUUAUGGCAUCCAAUCCUUCAAAAGCUUCCUAUGAACCAAUUACAACCACAUUAAAAAGAAAACAGGAGGAAGUGUCUGCUGUCAUUAUUCAACGAGCUUAUAGGCGUCACCUUUUAAAACGAACAGUAAAACAAGCUUCCUUUAUCUAUAACAAAAACAAAACUGAAGGAGGGGCUGGUCAGGGUAUCCUUAUUGACAAAUUAAAUGAAAACUCAUUUACAGAGAAAACCGAUAUAACUGCAUCAACAGCAGUUUGUCCACCUUCUUAUGAUCAUGUAACAAGGCCAGUCAAAGAAAAGCAUGAAAAGGAAGAUAAAGAUGUGCAGAAAUAAAAGCAAAUAGCAAGCAAAAUCAUCUAUGUGCAAAAUAGUAGUCUGUAAGGAUCAUGUGUUUGUGUCAAUGUGACUCCUGCUGGAGGUCUAUGCCAAACUGACAAUUUUUACAAAUAUACUCUACAUUAAAGGUCAGUGCCUAUUUAAAGACAGUGACACCUUGUCAGUGACUGUGACUGUGAUAUGCGGAGACAACCUUGACAGGAGUUUACUGUUCUCACUACCAGCUGACACUGCUGAAGAGGAGAGAAAAAAUGGCUACUCAGACUGUAGGGACCAGUUAAAGGGGUGCAAACCAAGUAUUUGUGUGUUUAGCAUAAAACAAUACCAUAACUGUAUCCACUGUUUGCAUUUCAACUGCCAGAUAUGUCAUAUUUUUACAAAAUCUGUGUUGGUGGAUCCAUCUUAUUUUUAUUCAUACGUUGUUUAUUAUAUGUGACUAUUUUUGUAAAUGGGGCUUUUGUUGGGGGAGGGGUGAAGUACACCGUUUACAGGUACAAGGGCCAGCUGUUCUAUCAUAUGACUAAUAUGACACAGAAAUUAUUUGCAUGAAGGCAUGCUGUACUGAUAGAUCAUGCAUGAAAAUAACAUUAAGUCACAAAGAACAACAGAUUUUUUUAGCAUAAGGUUUCUGGAAAGGAAUAACAGAUUUU